AUGGAGACUGAGAACAAGGGGGACAAGCUGAAUUCGCCGAAGCCACAGCCAAACUAUGGAUCCCAGUCAAGUUAUGGUGGUGAGAGCGAGGUUGGGCAUGGUCGGAGGCCUGAACCGGAAGAGCCUGUGUCGGAGUACGGGUCUGGCUAUGGUGGCCGACCGGCCAGGCCUGGCUAUGGUGGGGAGCAGGAAGGUGGGGCUUAUCCUCCACCCAGGCGAUCGGAAGACGAAGAAGGAAGCGGUGGAGGGUAUGGUUAUGGCAGGGAAAAUAAGCGAAAUGAGGAGUAUGGGUACGGUGGGAGGACCGAGAAGCCCAGUUAUGGGAGGACUGAGUAUGAGAAACCCGAAUAUGAGAGGCCUAGUUACGAGGAGGAGCCACCUCGGAGACCUUCUUGUGGGAAACCCAACUAUGAGCAGCAGGAGGACGAAUCGUAUCCCAAGCCCUCUUAUGGGAUAUCUAAAGAUUUUUAUCCUCAAUCAAACUUUUACCAAAGUCAGAAUAAACAAAUGAUAUACACAAUAAACAAAAAAUGCAGCCAUCAAACAAGUAGACAUUUCAGAGAAAUCAUAAGAACAAAAAAACCAAGCACACGCAGAUCUUCAUUCAACACAACUAGAAACAAAAUCCAUGAAAAACAAUCACAGUUACAAAUCAAAGCAAAGCAAAUAAAGGAGCAACAGAGGAAAACAUACUUGAGAACCAUGGUUGCCGCUUUCCCUCUUCCGUUCCUCCUCUCGCUUUACUACCAGAGGAACACGCAAAUGCAAGAAGAGAAAUUUAGAACGUGA